AUGAAGAUGGCCGGACUGGCGGCACUGUGUCUUGCCUACGUUUUUUCUCAGUUCUACCGCAGCUUUCUGGCGGUGCUCACACCGGCAUUGGGUGCCGAUCUUGGCAUGACCAAGGCGGACCUGUCGCUGGCGUCGGGCGUCUGGUUCGCGGCGUUCGCGCUGAUGCAGUUCGCCGUCGGCGUCGCGCUCGACCGGUUCGGUCCGCGCCGCACCACGGCGCUCUUUAUGCUGGUCGCGGCGGCGGGCGUGGCGCUGUUUGCUGUCGCAUGGACGCCGACGGCCAUCGUCGCGGCCAUGGCGCUGAUCGGCAUCGGCUGCGCGCCGGUCCUGAUGGCGUCCUAUGUGAUCAUCGCGCGCGGCUACGAUGCGGCGCGAUUCGCGCUGAUGGCCUCGGUCUUCAUCGGUCUUGGCAAUCUGGGCAACAUCAUCGGCGCCGCGCCGAUGGCCACAGCCGCCGAGGCGUACGGCUGGCGCCCGGUGGUCGGCCUUCUCGGCGCCGCCACCGUGCUGGUCGCGCUGGCGAUCCUUCUUCUGGUGCGUGAUCCCGAGCGGAUCGACGAUCCCGACGGUCCGCCCGGCUUUGCCGGCUUUCUCGCCGUGCUGCGCAUCCGUGCACUGUGGUUCAUCAUCCCGCUGACGCUCGUCUACUACGCCACCGCCGGCGGCAUUCGCGGCCUGUGGACCGGUCCGUUUCUCGCCGAAGUCUAUGACGCCGACACGAUCCUGAUCGGUCAGGUCACGCUUGCGAUGGCUCUUGCGAUGGCGAUGGGCAGCUUUGUCUACGGCCCGCUCGACAACUGGCUGAACACGCGCAAAUGGGUGCUGUCGGCGGGCGUGAUCCUGGCCAUCGGCGCCUGCAUUUUUCUCGCCGCCGCGCCGCAGAGCGGGCUUGCCGCCGUCACCGCCGCACUGGUGCUGAUCGGCGCGGCGUGCGUCGGCUACGGCGUGAUGACCGCCCAUGCCAAGAGCUUCAUCCCGCCGGCGCUGAUCGGCCGCGGCGUGACGCUGAUGAACUUCUUCUCGAUCGGCGGCGUGGCGCUGAUGCAGUUCCUGACCGGCACGAUCGUCACGGUCACCGCCGAUCCUGCGGCGCCCGAGACAGCCUAUCAGUGGCUGUUCGGCUUCUACGCGCUCACGCUGGCGCUGGCGCUUGCCGUCUACCUCUUCUCGCGUGAUGCCAGGCCGCGCCCGGAUGCGGUCACAGCGCGCUGA